AAACCUUAUAAACAAGAUGCAAGAUGCUUGAUUUUGCAAAUCAUGAUACAGUAGCAUUAUUGGUUCUCCACAAAGUGCAAAUUAUGCAAAAGAAGACAAAUGAGAUAACCUUAUGAAAUCAUGGUUGUCCAUGUUUUUGAAAUUUUAAGAAAUGAAGAGUCAGCCAACAUGGAGACCUUCCAACAAAACAUGUUUUCAACUUAUCAUAUAACCUAAUUUUAGGGCAUCUUCCCAACUUUUGAUCGUUUGAUUAAUACGGAGAAUGGAUUCGGAUUUCUUUCCGAGCGAUCGAAGUUCCGGCACCGAGCCGAACUUCGCGUUCGCCUUCAAUGACAGCAACUUCUCAGACCGGAUCCUGAGGAUUGAGAUCUUGCCAGACUUGCCGGACUCCAAACCAGGCGACGAAGGUUGUAGCAGCAUCCUUGAUUGGGCCUGCAAGCGCAAGCGUCGUAGGGAAGAAAUGAUGAAGGAUAACGUUGUGGAUGUGGUCUUUCACUGCGAGGAGCAGGUCUUAACCUGCAACACACUAGAUUGUGAAGAUGGCCCUCUCUAUGAAAAUUUAGAUGAUGAAGCUGUUGCUGCAGUUGAGGAAAAACCAUCUACCACGGAAGCUCUAACAGAACACCCUGGAGAAGAGGCUGCUCAAGGAAAUGAUUCAUCAUCGAAUAUGGAUUGUUCAAGUGUCCUUGAAGUUAAGACUAUACAUAUUAGCUCUCCGAUAUUGGCAGCAAAAAGUCCAUUCUUUUACAAGUUGUUAUCUAAUGGAGUUGGAGAGUCUGAGCAGCGGCAUGUAACAUUACAAAUCCAUGCCUCUGAAGAGGUUGCCUUUAUGGACCUGCUGAAGUUUAUGUAUGGCAAUAUGUUAUCAACAACAACUCCAACUGCUUUGCUUGAUGUGCUAAUGGCUGCUGACAAAUUUGAGGUUGCAUCAUGCAUGAGAUACUGCAGCAGAUUAUUGCGAGAUCUACCCAUGACUUGUGAAACAGCCUUACUCUAUUUGGACCUUCCUUCUACUCUUUUAAUGGCUGAACCAGUCCAGCCUUUGACGAAUGCUGCUAAGAAGUUCCUUGCUACUAGCUUCAAGGAUAUAACAAAGUUCCAAAUGGAUGUACUGAACUUGCCUCUUGCUGGAAUUGAGGCAGUGCUGUGUAAUGAUGGUCUCCAGGUUGCAUCAGAGGAUGCUGUUUUUGACAUUGUGUUGAAGUGGGCGCGAAUCCAUUACCCAAAGUUGGAGGACCGGCGCGAAGUAUUAGGAUCACGUCUUUUCCGUCUCAUUAGGUUCCCAUUCAUGUCAUGCAGAAAGCUGAAGAAAGUUUUAGGUUGCAACGACUUUGAUUCUGAACUUGCCACUAAGGUCGUAAUUGAGGCUCUCUUUUUCAAAGCAGAACCAUCAUACCGGCACCGUUCCUUAGCUGCCGAAGAAGCCAAUACCUCCAUCCAUCGUUUUGUGGAGAGGUCAUACAAGUACAGGCCGGUAAAAGUCCUUGAGUUUUCCUUGCCUCGCCCACAGUGUAUCGUUUACCUAGAUUUAAAGCGGGAAGAAUGCUUAAAACUCUAUCCUGUUGGCAGAGUUUAUUCCCAAGCCUUCCAUUUGUGUGGACAGGGGUUCUUUCUGUCAGCCCAUUGCAACAUGGAUCAACUCAGUUCGUUCCACUGCUUUGGGCUUUUCUUGGGGAUGCAAGAUAAAGGGUCAGUGUCGUAUGUCGUUGACUAUGAGUUUGGAGCAAGGACAAAGCCAAUGGAGGAUUAUGUGAGCAAGUACAAGGGGAACUACAAAUUCAAUGGCGGGAAGGCUGUUGGCUAUAGGAACCUGUUUGGCGUACAGUGGGGUGCAUUUGUUGCUGAGGAUAGCCCUUUCUUCAUUGAUGGAAUUCUCCAUCUUCGGGCUGAGCUAACCAUCCGACAGUCUGUGCGAGAGUGAGAGACAGACUUAAGAAUGAUAGCUGUUACGGAGUAUUACUUUUUUGAAAAAACAACAUAUUUUGAUAAAAAACAAAUAUGCGCGGUAUAUGUUAACUUUUUACUGAGAUGAAUUCAGUUGCUGUACAUCCUCAAGACUUCAAUUCAGUAUAUUUCCUUUUUCCCAAGUCCAGAAGAUUAGGUGUGUGCGCUUGUUUUUGCUGACUUUGUUUUGCAUUGUUUUUAUCCUUUUCCAGAUUUUUCUGAGGCUCAUUAAAAUAGUGGGAAGAUGGGAAAUAUAUUGGAUUUCAUUAAAAUGAAAC